AUGAAUUUCAAACCGUCAUCAAUAUUCACAUUAUUCUUUCUUAUUUGUCUUAUAACAAUCACCACUUCCUUGCCUGAUUGUAGAGAGAGUUUAAAAAACAUUAUUGUAACAUCCCCAACACCAGAAGAAACUAUUCCAAAUGAAGGUUCAAUUAAGAUUUCAUACGAAACUACUCAACCAAAAAAGGAUGAAAUCAUUUCCCUUCACGUACUUUUGCUCGAUGAUAAUAAAUUCAAGCUUUAUGAAAUCGUACCAGACCAGAAUUUAGACGGGAAAUCUUACGAAAACUCCGUUCCCUGGCAACGUAUUAAAGAUAAUUCAACCGUUUAUAUUCGUAAGUAUAAUCAUGUUCUUUUGAUUGUACGAAACAAUUGA